UUAAAAAUAAAAAGAAAAGAAAAAUACAAAGGAGAGAAACAUUGAGGCCGCUGCAAGCCCUCUAGGGUUUUCAUCUCCUCUCCUUCGAAUCGGGCUCUCAUCAUCCAUCUAAAUUAAAAAAUAAAAAAUAAAAACGAAAAUGGAAAAAUUACAAAAAUACUCCCUCCUUUCUUCUUUCCAUACAUCGCUGCCCUAAAGAAAAUGACGGUAAAUUAGGGUUUCGACGAGAUUAGGGUUCUUUUUCUCCGUUUCUCUUUUUAAUCGAGAACGAUCGUCGAUAUCCUCAUUGAUUGCCGGUUCAUUUGUAAGAAGAUCGAAUCAGGAGAAUCGCCGAGCGGAGAAUUCGAUCUUCCAGUCUGUUAUCACAUGGCCAGAUCGCACAAGUCGAAGAGGAUUUCUUGGGCUCCAGAUUCAAAUCUCUGUCAGGAAUUGCUUGACUUCCUACAAAACUGAAGCCCUUUGAUGCAACGGGAAUUGCAGAAAAUUCAGAGCUGGAUCUGUAAGACUUUUUCUCUCAGAAGAUGCUCCUUCACAAUCUGGAUUGGGAGUGCAAGAUCACCUUCAGGCAAAGACUUCAUGGUGGCAUUCAACAGGAAUGGGUUCCGAUGACCAGCCGCCGCCUGGGUUUGAGGGACCUCAAGUUGCUGCCCUCCAGAUCCCUUUGAUCACGUGGCAAUGUCCUCCCAGACUACUGUUGAAUCGUGAUUGGCAAGUGGUGGCUGGCGAUGAGAGCAAAGAGGUGGAGGUUGAAAACCAACGGCAGCUUAGAGUUCUCGAAGCAGUUUAUCCCCGUCCAUCUGCCAUUCCUCCAAGCCCAUCUGUUUCGUCAGAAGUAAAUGACUAUCCUCAUGACGAUCGUCAGACUCCUCUCAUUCCAAUAACCCCCAUCGAAGACGACGAUUCCACCGAUUCAUCGGAUUCAGCUGCACCGGUCAAUGCAUUCGAAAGCUCACAACUGCCAGGCCCGCCCAAAUGCUUUCCACCUGUGGGUGGAACAACACCUCUGCUGAUGGAUAUCAGGCCAGCAGUAGAGCAGUCACAAGGAAAUGCACUCGCUCUUCCAACACAAACUCACAAUGAAAGAUCUGCAAUCGGGAUUGUCCCAGGCGUAGAACCGGAUGUAGUGGCAGCAGCUUCUGCUGCCUUCACCGCAAUAAUGAGAAGCAAUGAGGAGGGAAGCUUGAUUGACCGGGACCUGCUCAUUAAAAUCCUCAGCAAUCCGAAAUUGCUAGAGCAAUUGGUUAAAGAGCAUGGAUUGGUAGACAAUCCGCAAAUCACAUCCAAGCCAACCCCAGUGCCGGCUACCAUUCCUACCCCAGUGCCUACCCACAUCAAUCGGAUGGAAUCUGAUGUAUCACCAUCGGCCCCUUCAACAGAACAUUUCUAUCCCAUGACAAACAACCCAGUAAUACCAACUUUGAAUCCACGACCUCCACCCGCCUCCGCCCCUGCCCCUGCCAUUUCUCAAAUCACUUCUAUGCCCGCUGUGAAAGCCCCUCCUGUGAGGGAUAUCAACUACUAUAAGAAUCUCAUUCAACAACAUGGAGGGGAAAAGCAUGAAUCCCACAAUCAGGCCCAAGCACAAUUAGGUAACCGCCAUAACCAUCAUAGCCCCGUGGGGCCAAAUCUCGAUGCUGUACAGAGUUCCAAACAGAGAGAUUCGAGGCCCAAGAUCUCCAAGCCUUGUUCAUAUUUCAACAGUGCGAGCGGAUGCCGGCAUGGAGCCAACUGCAUGUACCAGCAUGAUGUGCCAUUUCAGCCAAGGGUUGGUGGCGGGCCGGAGGCGCAGAGCGCAAAGAGAAUGAAACUGGAGAGAGAAAUUACAGGAAGGACUUGAAGUAGGCUUGGUGCUGUUUUUACCUGUGUAUUUCUCAACGGUUAUAUAGUUCUUUUCUGAGUGGUUUUUUUAUUUUAUUUUAAUUUUUUCUACAAAUUGAAAAUGACUGAUGGUUUCCUCUUUUCCUGCAUCCAUCAUCUGCUCAGUAAAUGUCAUCCGUUUUGUCUUGAGCA